UCAACUACAAAUCUAAAAUGCGCGCCUUCAUUGUUUUGUGUUUGGUGGCUGUUGCCUGUGCCGAUAAGUUGGGUUACAACUAUCAACCAGUUGGUCACUCCUCCUCCGGAUUAUCUUUCACACCAGGUGGUGCUGCCUCCAAUGCUGCUCCCAGCUACAGCUCCGGAUCAUCCUUUGCACCAAGUGGUUCUGCCUCCAAUGUUGGUCCUAGUUAUGAUGGCGGUGCUGGUUCCUUCCAAGGUCAACCUUCAUUCACCUCACCAGCUCAAGUUGCUCCUCAAGCUGAACUCGAAAAGGAAUUCUACACCUACACAGCUAAUGAUGCUGAUUUCAAUGAACCCGCCAGCGCCGACCAAUUGGCCAACUCUGUGAAACAAGGUCUCCGUGUCAUCUUCAUCAAGGGCCCCGAAAACAGUGGUUUGGAAGAUGCUGCCUUGGCUUUGGCCAAACAAGCUGGUCAACAAGAAACCGCCAUCUAUGUUCUCAACAAGCAAGCCGAUCUCGGUGAUUUGGCCAACAAACUUAACAACCUCAACACCGGCAACAACAACAAACCCGAGGUUCACUUCGUCAAAUACCGUACUCCUGAAGAUGCUGCCAACGCUCAACGUGCUAUCCAAGGUCAAUACGAUUCUUUGGGAGGUCCUUCUCACAGCAUCAAUGGAGGUGUUGCUCCAGUCCUCAACUUUGCUUCCCAAGCUCCCGCCGCUGCUGCUCCCGCUGCUUCUGCUCCUGGUGCUAGCUACUUGCCCGCUUCCAUCUUCCGUCACUAAGAACUCUGUGUUAUAGAAGCAUGUCAGAACAAAUGGCAUGUUUAGGUAUGACUAU